GGGGCGGGGCUCCGGGGCGCGGACCACGGCGGCGCCAUGCGGAAAUUUUUCCAGGAGAUCAAGGCGGACCUUAAGUUCAAGGCGGCGGGGCCCGGGCAGAAGCUGGCGGAGCCGCCCAGGGAAAGGGUCCAUCAAGAAAAGUCAAAAGUUGAGACCAAACCUCGCCAUGGGCCUACCAGUGAAGCUCAGAUGGCAGCUGCUGCCGCCGUGGCCAGGCUGGAGCAGAAGCCCAAGCCUCGGGUCUCUUCGUCCCAAGAUGUCAUUAAGAGUCAGGUGAGGAAGGAGCUAAUGGCUGAAGCUGCCGCAUAUGAGAGCGGACCCUCCCCACAUCAUAAGGACCCUGAGGCUGCAGAAGAGGAAGAAUGUGCUGGACUGUCAGUGUCUGGGGUCUAUUUCAUUUGCCCUCUAACUGGGGCCACUGUAAAGAAAGACAAGCGGGAAGCACACAUCAGAGAGGCCAUCCUUUCACAUUCCUCUAAAGACCCAGUGGCUGCCUCGAUCAUGGAGAUUCACACCUUCAACAGAGACCGAGAGAAAGUGAAGCUUGGUGUUGAGACCAUCGCGAAAUACCUAGAUAACAUCCACCUCCAUCCAGAGGAAGAGAAGUACCAAAAAAUCAAGCUGCAGAACAAAGUGUUUCAGGAAAGGAUAAAUAAUCUGGAAGGUGUGCACAACUUUUUCCAGGCCAUUGGGUUUAAGAAGAAAGCCCUGCCUGUUCCAGGACAAGAGACCACAGAAGAAUACUAUGUGUUAAAGGAGGAAGCUUUGACUAAGUUGGAGAACCUCAAGGACUACAAGGACCAGCUCCUGAACUCUGAGCCAGUGAGGGCCCAGCUGGAUCGCCAGCUCUGUAUAUUCAAGCCUUCCCCUCAAGCUGCCCAAUUUGAACUGCCAAAUGACUUCUACAGCCUCACCGCAGAGGAGCUAAAACGGGAGCAGAGGCUCCGGACGGAAGCAGUGGAGAAGGCCUCUAUGCUGAGGACAAAGGCUAUGCGGGAGAAAGGAGAGCAAAGGGAAAUGCGGAAAUACAAUUAUACCUUGCUGCGAGUCCGGUUCCCUGACGGAUACAUUCUACAAGGGACAUUCUAUGCCCGGGAGCAGGUCUCUACCCUCUACAAGUUUGUGAGAGAGGCCCUGCAGGAUGACUGGCUGCCUUUUGAGCUGCUUGCUCCUGGAGGUCUCAGACUGACUGAUGAAAACAUGGCUUUCAAUGAGUGUGGGCUGGUUCCCUCUGCCCUCCUGACACUUUCAUGGGAUGCAGCUGUCAUGGCAGACAUAAAAGCUGCAGAGAAAGAAGAGGAAGCAAAAAGCCCCUUGAAACCAGAACUCCUUUCUGCUGUCCAAACCCUAUCAUGAAAUAAAUGGGAGCGGAUUCAGUGCUGUUGGGUCUGUUUGUGCUGUUCCCUCCUUCCCUGCAUUCCUCAGACAUCAGAACAGAAGCUGCUUCAACUCCUGUUCCUGCCACAAACUCACUAGCUGAGGUCUGGGACAUCCAGGCAUCAGUCUGUCACUGCACUUGUCAGCUUCUGUCCACGCUAAGAGCAGCUAUAGAAUACACAAGAACUUGACCCAUUUUAAGGAGACUUACUACACUGAAGACAGUCCUGCCUUGGAGAUUUGUUCUGUUGCUCUUGUACUUUUUUUUUUUUGCAGUUACUCUGUGGUUUUCUCCCUGUUGUGAACAAAAAGUACCUCUCUGUCCUUUACAGCAACAGAAAAAAAAAUCUACCCUGUUAAAGUCUAGCAGGUCAAAGAUGAUUGUAAGACUAGUACACUACACAACAGUGGGCAGGACUAGUGUUCAGCUCUCUGUUAUGCUCCUACUGUAUAAAUUAAAUCCCUCUUAGGGGAAAGAUUUUUGUGUAAAAUACUUAUGUCACUUGUAACAAGAUCAGCUGUUGUUAUUCUGAUUAAAGGAAGUCUUUAGAAAUGCA